GAGUCAGCUGACCUGCUGAUGACAGUAGAGUCACAUCGCAGCGCAGCGCUACUGUAACAAAGAGUCAUCGAUCCCUGCGGCUUUACAUAGACACCAUGAGCAGCACACAGUCUUACAAUCGCUUCAGUGAUGAAAACUACAAAAACUGGCUCAAAACAACGGAGAGUCUUUACAUACUGAGGAAACGCAUUCAGGACUUCAUCGAAAAGGAAACCGAAACUUAUCACAACUCUCUUCGAAACAAACCUCAUCUCCAUAGUCAGACCUGUACGAAAGAGUGCAAACUUGCGAAUAAGCCUGUCUGCCAGUCGUGUGAACACUGGAAGAAAGAAAUCAUUGCCAAUCAUAAUGGGAAGGGUAACAUUAUGCACUGGGAGAACUGCCAACCUCGUCUAUGGCCAACAGAUAAGUGGGAAGUUGCCAAAGCACAUAUGCCAGGUGGGCACAAACAACAUCACAAUUUUGACCAGUUUGAUAUUGCUGCCAUCCUGAACUUAAUGUCUUCCUGUAAACAUUUCAAGAACAUCCCAGGGAAAUCUGUGGUUGAGGUAAUAACUGUACGGAACAAAAUGAUGCAUUCGCCUGACUUCAAAGUGAGUAAUGAGGACAUGAAAAAGCAUCACAAAACGGUGCUGCAGUUGGCCGAGACGCUCCAACCUCAUAUCCCAGAAAUGAAAGACCUGGAAAAGAAGAUAACACAGUUUCAUAACACCUUGGACAAGAAUUUCAACCAAGCCCCGUGUGAGGUCGAUGGCCAGCUGGAGGAUCUGCAGACCAUGAAAGAACGGCAGAUAGUUCUGGACCGUGAGCAGCAAGCCAUUAAAGACAGGAUUGAAGACUUUUUCUCACGCUUUGAGGGGAACCAAGAUGAAAAUGUCAAAGACAUGAAGAGUCUCAUGGACUUCCUGGACCAAAACAAAGACCUCCUGGAGAACCUGGGUCCUGAAAUCCAAAAACUUAAAGAGAUGAAGGAAAAAUUAGAUAAACAUGAGGAGCAGAUCGACGAACUGAAAGGCAGAAUGGACGAACUGGAGAAAGUCACACAUGAUCCAGUUAUUCCUGGCAACCUGCUUAGAUACAAGAAUCAUCUUUAUGAAUAUUGUCAGGCAAAUAAAUGGCCACAUAAUAAAUUUCCGGAAUUUACAGAGGACCAAGAAUCCCAGGGUUACAGAGGUAAAGUGACAGUGAAUGGGCAAAGUUUCAUUGGGAGAAAAGUAUUUAACGACAAAAAGGCUGCACAUCAGGAGGUCGCAUACAUUGCCCUCGAGCAGCUUAAAUUACAGGAAGAAAGCACAGAUGUACCACCAAGCUCAGUCAUACAGCCUGAUGCCUCCUCUUCAUCUUCCUCAGGAAUCACUUUCUUUGGUAAAGUGACUGUGGAUCUCAACCGAGAAGUCGAGUCUGAUACAUGCUCUUCAAAGGAAGAAGCGACUGAAGCAGCUUAUAAGGUUUUAUGGGAAAGUUUUCGCAUCAGUGCCCCAGUUGAAGGUCAGUCAUAUAAGUCAGUGACGAUGGAAUAUUUCAACACAAAUGGCUUCCCAAAACCAGGGGAAGAUUUUGAUGACAACACAACCAUCUGCAAGCUCAGACUUGUUGGGCCUUUCACUUUUUAUGACAAAGACGGCUCCACCAAGAAGAAACAGGCAGAGCAUCAGGCAGCUAAAGUUGCUCUGCAGCAUCUGUCAGGAAUCCUCAACUAUGCUCCAAUAUCAGACACUGAAAAGAACUGCAAAGGUUUUCUGAAAGAGCGUCUAGAGACGCUGGGUCUUAAAAAUCCUGUAUACGACACUGAUAAUAAAGCAGAGGCCAGUGAAGAUCCCAUUGUCAUCAGCUCAGACCUUAUAACUCCUACAGUAUCCAUCAGUAAGGAGGAAGUGAAAAGUCCUUCAGAGUCUGAAAUCAUCUCAUCAUUUCCCUCAUGCCGAGAGUCAGUCCGUGUUCCUGUUCCUGUGCAGCCGGACCCUCCAGACUCCAGCUCUCCAGCCUCACAGAGGAAAACGCCCAUGAGUGAAUGUCCAGGAAUCACUUUUUUUUUUGGUAAAGUGACUGUGGAUCUCAAUCAAGAAGUCGAGUCUGAUAGAUGCUCUUCAAAGGAGGAAGCGACUGAAGCAGCUUAUAAGGUUUUGUCAGAACGUUUUCACAUCUCUGCUCCAGCAGAAGCAGGUCAGACAUACAGGACAGGGAUCAUGGAAUAUUUCAACAUACAUGAUUUACAAAAACCAGCAGAAGAGUUUUUGGAAGAUGACAAUACAACAGUCUGCAAGCUCAAACUCAUCGGGCCUUUCACAUUUUAUGACAAAGACGGUUCCACCAAGAAGAAACAGGCAGAGCAACAGGCAGCUAAAGUUGCUCUGCAGCAUCUGUCAGGAAUCCUCAACUAUGCUCCAAUAUCAGACACUGAGAAGAACUUCAUAGGUUUUCUGAAAGAGCGUCUAGAAAUGCUGGGUCUCAAAAAUCCUAUCUAUGAAACAGUAGAGAAUAAAGCAAAGGCCAGUGAAGAGCCUGUCACCAGCGCAUCUAUCAAUCAGGAAGCGGUAAAAGAGGAUUUAGACCUGAAGCCUGAAAGCAUCUCCACAUCAGGCCAGGAAACAAUCCUUGUUCCUGUUCCUUCAGUCUCCAGCUCUUCAGCCUCACAGAGGAUUGAUUGUCCAGAAAUCGAUGAGCUGGUGAUUGUAUAUAAUCUCAAGCCACCACACGUGAAAGUGCAGAACAUGAGAAAUGAUCAGAUUGUCAAAUGUACCGUGACAGUCAACCUGGAAAAAUUUACGUGUGCCAACAAACAAGGCUACGACACCAAGAAAGAAGCCACUCGAAAAGUCUACCUGUUAUUCGGCUGCGCGGUGGGAAUUCUGGAUCCUAGCACAGAUGAAAAAACAUGCAGUGCACUGGUGAAGCAGCACUUUUCACAGAGGUCUCUUAUUCAUCCUCAGGAAGAUGUUGAAGGAUCUGUAAAGCCAUUUUAUUGCUCACUUAAAAACAUAACUUACGAUGUGAAGUAUUAUGGAGAAGGGUCCUCAGAAGGUGAGGCCAAGUUACGGGCUCUCCAGAACGCCUUACGUGGACUAUCACCUCUCUUCGAUUAUGCUUCAGUACCUGGAGCUGAUAGUCCUGAAGAGGUGCAGAAUCAGCUGAGCUCCAUGCUGAACGGGGCCGGACAGAAAGAGCCUGUCAUUGACCUGAAGUCUGUGGAACAGGCCUCUAUCCAGCUGUCUUUCUGCAACUAUACGAUGAAGUGCACAUGCCAAAGCUCCAAGAAAGCAGCUCGAAAUCAUCUGAGUGAACGUAUACUGGGUCUCCUGGGGGAAAAGACAGAUAACAGUGCAUCUGUUAGAAACUGUUUAGAUGUGUGGUUCACAAAGCAGAAUCUGCCUAAGCCAGUGUUUGAGGACACAGAAGAGGCGCUCGGAGCAAAGGCUACUUUCUCUGUUCAGUUAACCUGCUGCUGUCCAGGCUGGGAAGACAGCUGGGAAACUGCAAAGUCGAAGCUGCUUCAAGAGCUCAAGCUCAGAUUUCGAUUUCUCAAUGACAAAAACAAUUGAAAUGUAUUUUAGCUAUGCAUGUCCAGUCACUUUCUGUAACUUGACUUGUCCUGGUGAAGAUUUUCAUACCUGGCUUGCAAUUUGAUCUAAUUUAAGGUGGUGUUGUUUUUUUUUUAAAAUACUGAUAUUUUUCUUAAAUGUAUAUUUAUUUUUACAAAUUUUAGAUUUCCUUGGAAUUUAAAUCAAUGGCUAUGGCACUGAAUGAAACUAGAUGCAUUUUAAAGAUUUUAAAGAUUUAUACCAAAGUUAUACCAACUAAACCAUUUUAACAUCAGCAGAAAAUGACAAAUUGGAAAACCUGAUGUUUCAUUCAUUUUCCAAAAGGCACUGAUAUUGAACUGACUGAAAUUCAGAUUCAGGGGUUUGCGGUCUUUGUUGGAAAACUAUAUGAAACUACUGAAAAUUUGUAUGUACUAACUGCAUAUGAUUGAAUAAGAUGAGGUACGUUUUUAGAUCUUAAUCGGAAGACCGAGAGAAACUGAGUGGUGCAAUAUGAAUUUUGAACACCAGCUUGUCUUGUUACAUUUAUUAAUCUUUUUUGUUGAUUGUGCAGUUUGAAACCUGUUUACAAUGAACUACAAAAACUGUUUACAAAAAACUAUACUUUAUCAAAUACAGUGAGGAUAGAAAAUGCAUGAAUUAUUUAAUAGUAAUGCAAUUCAUUAUUACUGUAUUACAAUUAAUAAUCUACCAAUAAAAUAAAUUAUUUUUAAAAUCAGUA